AUGUCGGUAACGCCUAGUAAUUUGUCACUCAAUGGGACAAGCUUCUUCGCUGAAAAUCAUAGCAUUAUGGAUAAGCCUAGCGAGCAGAGAACUUUGAAUGUCUUUCUGUUCUGCUUGACUUUCAUCAUUGCAUUCACAGCACUUCUGGGCAGCAUUUAUUCACUAGUUUCCCUGCUGAAAAUGCAAAACAAAACCACGGUUUCAAUGAUUGUGACCUCUUUGUCAAUAGAUGAUUUGAUCAGCAUCGUGCCAGUGAUUAUUUUCAUGCUCACCCAGUGGUCAAGUGACGUCCUCCCCCAGCCUCUGUGCACCACCUCAGCGCUUAUAUAUUUAUUCCAGGGAAUUUCUAGCAACCUGAAAGGGUCUCUUAUAGUUUCUUACAACUUCUACACCAUCAAUAAAACAGAGACAAUGAGCUGCAGCACUUCCAAGCGACAAGUGAGCAUGGUAUGGGCCAUUCUUACCAUUUGGAUUGUCAGUUUGCUGAUCUGCAUUUUGCCUCUCUGUGGUUGGGGCAAGUACAUCCCCACCUCCUGGGGUUGCUUCACUGACUGUGCCAGUUCCUAUAUCUUGUUUUUAUUUAUUGUCUACUCGCUGUGCUUUUGCCUCCUCACAGUGCUGUCUGUUCCUCUAACUUACCAGCUGUUGUGCUCAGAUGAGCAACAGCUAUUACACAUUGAUUACCAGGAAAUCUCUCGAGGCUACAUCACCCCUGGGACACCUGCAGGCUGCAGUACUGCUACCCCAUCUCUGUCACCGGUGGACCCUGUGGAUAAAACCCUGAAGCAUUUCCAAAACGCGUGUCCAAGCUCGGAGGCAGUUUUUAGGAAAGGUGUGGCUGAGAGCGGUGCACUCGAGCCCCGUUGCAUGCACAGCAUACAGAGCAGGAGCUUCACGGUGGGCUUUGCCCAGAAACGGUUCUCGCUGAUUCUUGCAUUGACAAAAGUCAUUCUCUGGCUUCCAAUGAUGAUACAAAUGGUUGUCCAGCACAUUACUGGUUUUCAAAGCCUUUCAUUUGAGACGCUUAGCUUCCUGCUGACUUUGCUGGCUGCCACAGUCACCCCAGUAUUUGUCCUGUCGGAACACUGGAUCCACCUGCCCUGUGGCUGCAUCAUUAAUUGCAGGAGGGAUUCUUAUGCAGUGUCUUCAGAAGAACUCAAAACCAAACGCAGGGGUUUCGAAUUCAACCUGUCGUUCCAGCAAGGUUAUGGAAUCUACAGAAUAUCCCGCGAAAACCACCACCGCCACGACGGGGGUGGUCAAUCUACGUCCUGUCACAACCUGGUGAGCUACGGCUGCGGUAGCGCGGACGAACCUCGGGGAGGGAGCGACGACCCCCCCCGCUGUGGGAAGGCGGACUUCAGCACCACGGCCCCGGCGGACAGCUCCCGGGACGCCCCGGCGGGCCCCGCGGCCGCGCCGGCCCCGGGCCAGGAGGCGAGCGCCGACCGCCGCCUCCUCGAGGGACCAGAACGGAGGCUGUCUCAUGAGGAAAGCCAUAAACCUGAACUCACAGACUGGGAAUGGUGCAGGAGCAAAUCCGAGAGGACCCCUCGGCAGCGAUCAGGUGGGGCCUUAGCUAUCCCUCUGUGUGCAUUUCAAGGAACUGUAUCUCUUCAGGCACCCACGGGAAAAACUCUCUCUUUAUCUACAUAUGAGGUAAGCACUGAAGGGCAAAAAAUAACACCCACGUCAAAGAAAAUUGAAGUAUAUCGAUCUAAAAGUGUUGGUCAUGAGCCAAACCCAGAGGAGUCUCCUAAUACGUUUGCUGACACAAGUGUUAAAAUUCAUUUAGAGGUACUUGAAAUUUGUGACAAUGAAGAGGCCCUGGAUACUGUGUCAAUCAUCAGUAAUAUCAGCCAGUCCUCCACACAGGUAAGGUCUCCAUCCUUACGUUAUUCACGGAAAGAAAACAGGUUUGUCUCAUGUGAUUUAGGGGAAACUGCUUCCUACUCCCUCUUCAUACCAUCAAACAAUCCUGACAGCGAUAUUAACAUAUCAAUUCCAGACACUGUCGAAGCUCAUCGGCAGAAUAGUAAAAAGCAGCAUAUGGAAAGAAGUGGUUAUCAGGAAGAAAUACAAAUGUUGAAUAAAGCUUACAGAAAACGAGAAGAAGAUGGCAACAGCAAUUAA